AUCACUCAAACAUAAAUGCAAUUGAUGACAAGGAGCUCCUGAUGUUUUUUGAAAAGAAUACCUCAGGUUCUAUAUGUGCUGUGUACAAGUUCCAAGGAAUGGGGAAGGAUCCUCCAGAUAGAGAAAAGUGGGGCAAGAUAACAUUUUUGUCCCCUGAUGCUGCCAAAAGAGCCGUUGAGCUGGAUGGAGACGAGUUUUGCGGCUCGAACUUGAAAAUACUUCCUUCACAAUCAGCUAAUGGGAGGGGAUAAAACAUUCUUAUUUCCUGAAGUUAAAGCAAGAAUUUUCUGGCCUCGCAGACUUAGCAGAGGAUUUGGCAUAGUUAUAUGUGAUAAAAAUGAUGUCAAUUUCAUGUUGAGAGAUUUUUAUAACCUUGCAAUUGGAGGGAGGUAUGUUCGUUGUGCACCUAGUAAUAAGUCAAUGGACGGUAUUAUGAUAAGUGGGCUUGACAGAGAGCUUCAAGAAACAGAAAUUUUGGAUGUACUAAGAAAUGCUACAAGUAGAAGGAUUCUGGACUUUUUUGUGGUGAGGGGAGAGGCUGUUGGAAAUCCACCCUGGCAGUGCCUGCGAAGAGGCACUCUUUAAAGUAAUUUCCCCCUUAAUGCCCAAGGUAGACCCUCAUAUUAGUUCUUGCCGUGUUCAGGUAUUUCCACCUGAGCCAAAGGAUUCUUACAUGAGAGCUUUAAUUAAUUUUGAUGGAAGAUUACAUUUAGAAGCAGCUAAAGCUUUGGAAGAAAUUGAAGGAAAGGUAUUACCCGGAUGUCUUUCAUGGCAAAAGAUAAUGUGUGAACAGUUGUUUCAUAGCUCCUUGAUAUUUCCUGCACCAGUGUAUCACGUGAUUGCGGAACAAUUGGAAAAAAUACUUGCAAACUUCAACAAUUUAAAUGGUCUUGAGUGGAACCUAAACAGAACUGCUAAUGGUUCCCACCGACUGAAGAUAACAGCCAAUGCCACCAAGACAGUGGCAGAAGUUAGGAGACCUCUGGAAGAACUGUCGAGAGGAAAACUCAUUGACCAUGGAAGCCUUCCUCCCGCAGCUCUACAACUCAUUUUGUCCAGAGAGGGCAUUAGUCUUAAAUGCUCCAUACAGCAAGAGACCAAAACAUACAUAGUUUUUGACAGGCCCAGCCUGAACUUAAGAAUUUUUGGUUCACCAGAAAAGAUUGCUUUGGCUCAGCAGAAGUUAAUUCAAUCUCUACUCUCCCUCCAUGAAGAAAAGCAGUUAGUAAUCCCUCUGAGAGGGAGGGACCUACCUCCCGACUUGAUGAAACAAGUGGUUAAGAAUUUUGGGCCAGAUCUUCAAGGGCUAAAAGAGAAGGUACCUGGGGCUGAUCUCAAACUUAACACACGCCAACAGGCAAUUUUUCUCAAUGGUAACAAGGAGUUGAAACCAAGAGUAGAGGAAAUAACUUUGGAGGUUGCGUGUUCAAGCAUUCAUUUAGUUGAGAGACUCGACACAGGACCUAGUUGCCCAGUUUGCUUUUGUGAGGUUGAGGCGUUUGACUUCUAA